AUGGUUAAAGAUCAAAAUUGUAAAAUUUCUACUUUAAAUAAUUAUAAUGAAAAUUAUGAAAUAAAUUGUGAAAAUAAAACAAAAUUUACAAAUGGAAAAUCAAAAGUUCCGGAAGGCAAAUUUUUGUUGGUAGUAGAUAAUGAAGACCGUGAAAAUGAAGGAGAUCUAAUAAUUGCUGCAGAAAAAGUGACUACAGAAAAGAUGGCAUUCAUGGUUCGACACACUAGUGGAUUGAUUUGUGUACCAACUACACAUGAACGUUUAGAUCAAUUACAAUUACCUUUAAUGGAGAUAUUUUUAUUUUUAUUAGACACGACAACUGGUAUAUCGGCACAUGAUCGUGCUUUGACGGCACGUUCACUAGCAAAUCCCGAAAUCGAUAAUCCUGAUGAUUUCAAUCGACCCGGUCAUAUAUUUCCAUUAAGAUAUACCGAAGGUGGUGUAUUAAAAAGGAUUGGUCAUACUGAAGCAUCAGUAGACUUAUGUAAAUUGGCUGGUUUACAACCUGUUGGAGUUAUCUGUGAAGUAGUUAAAGAUGAUGGUUUAAUGGCACGUCGUGAUGAUUGUCGUGCGUUUGCUGAUGAACAUGGAUUAAAAUUGAUUAGCAUCGAGGAUAUUAUUAAAUAUCGUUUAGAUAAAGGACUUUUAGAUAUUUAA